AUGCACACCGAUAAAGCAGCAGCAGGCAACGCCGAUAACGGUGUCGGCACUCAGCAAGCUUCCGGCUUUGCUCAGUGGUGGGCAGACCUAAAGCCAAAGAAGAUACACGCAGGCAACGACAUUGCUAGCAGUAUCAGGGCACUGAAGAGCGUCACUUUGCUGCAAUGGGCCUUGUUUUUCUCUGGUUUCCUCGCUUGGACUAUUGAUGCGAUCGAUUUCUUCAGCGUGUCGCUCUCUGUGACCGCUUUGACGAAGCAGUUCAACAAGAGCACGAAUGACAUUACCACUUCGAUCACGCUGACGUUGUUGUUCCGUUCUCUCGGUGCAUUCAUCUUCGGCAUGCUUUCGGAUCGUUACGGACGGAAGUGGCCUUUGAUUGCGAACCUUCUUCUGUGCAGCAUCUUCUCCCUUUGCACGGCCUUUGCUCUCAACUACGGGGCCUUCCUCGGUGUCCGUUGCCUAUUCGGCAUCGCCAUGGGUGGCAUCUGGGGUCUGUCCGCCGCGACUGCCCUAGAGAACCUGCCCGUGCAGGUCCGUGGGCUCGCUAGCGGUGUUCUCCAAGAGGGUUAUGCGGUCGGAUACCUUAUCGCAGCUGUGAUCAACCUCACGCUCGUGUCAUAUGACCCCUUCGGUUGGCGCUCGCUCUUCUGGGUGGCUGCAGGCAUCUCGGCAUUCGCGGCUGUUGUUCGGCUCUGCCUGCCUGAGUCAGAAGUCUUCCGCAGGGCUCAGGUCGAGAAGCUUGCUGCCGAGGCACGCGGGGAGGUCGUCCAUAACAAGACACAGGUCUUCUUGCAAGAAUCAGGUCGUAUGAUUAAGCAACACUGGGUGAGGUGCAUCUACGCCGUCCUGCUCAUGACUGGUUUCAACUUCUUGUCGCACGGCUCGCAAGAUCUAUAUCCCACCUACCUGCAACAGACGAAAGGAUUCUCUCCUCACGAUUCUAGUAUUGCAACCAUCAUCGGAAACUGCGGUGCUGUUGCUGGCGGUAUUUUUGCCGGUAUCACCUCGCAGUACCUCGGCAGGCGUUUGACGAUUGUGAUCUUCACGCUUUCCAUCGGAGCUUUCAUCCCUCUUUGGAUCUUGCCCAGCACCUUCUCUCCCCUUGCGGCCGGUGCCUUCUGCGUCCAGUUUGGUGUCCAGGGCGCAUGGGGUGUUAUCCCUAUUCAUCUUUCCGAGAUUUCCCCGCCGGCUUUCCGUGCUACUUUCCCCGGUGUCGCCUAUCAAUUGGGUAACAUGGUCAGCAGUGCCAGCGCCCAGAUCGAGGCCACGGGAGGCGAGCACCAGCGUACGAUCGUCAACGGGCAAGAUGCACCUGACUACGCCAAGGUGCAAGGCAUCUUCCUCGGCGUUGUGGCUGCUUUUGUCAUUUUCAUGACGCUCAUUGGAGCAGAGAACCACAGUUCUGAAUUCGAGAAGCACAAGGUUGCAUACGAAGUGGGCGCUGGCAGGGACGAUGCCUUCGACGAGUCGCCUGGCACGACCACGCCCCAGGAAGAGACUAACGAGAAGGCCAUUGAGCACCCUGUCCUCCGCGAGAAUGUGUAA